CAAAACCAUACUAUUUGCCAACCUGGGCACCAAGGGAGUCGUUGUCAAUCUGUAAAAAUGAAGGUUAUACAGGCCACUAUAUUUUUGGUGGGCGUUGUACUUUUUGCUUCGCAAAACUGCCACGCCCUCCAAGCGCGUGGCAAACAUGCUUCCAGUCAAGAGAUUUUGAGUGUUCUUAAAGACUGCGUCGUUAGCUCAGGAUCUAAUCCUUCAGACAUUGUCGAAUAUUUAGUUGAUGAUCUUGCGGUAUAUACUGAGCUAAAUUACCAGUGGAAUCUUAUCCAUGAAAGAAAGUAUCCUCUUGGAUAUUUCACCGUAAGGAAUGCCAAUGACGUACAAGCUGCCGUUCGCUGCGCAACAGCACAGGGAGUGAGGAUUGUUGCAAAAGGCGGUGGCCACUCCUACGAAGCAUAUUCAUUUGGAGACACUGGCGCAUUUAUAGUGGAUCUACGACACAUGUUUGAAAUGUAUGUCAGUCCAGAUCGUCAAUGGUUUAGCAUUGGUGCCGGAGCCCUUCUUGGACAAAUUGCUUAUCCACUUCUCGAACAGUACAACUUAUUAACACCCCACGGAACGUGCCCUACCGUUGGUAUUACUGGAUUGGCAACAGGCGGAGGUUAUGGUUAUAUGUCCAAACUAUUUGGUCUCACCACGGAUAACAUUUUGGAAGUCGAAAUGGUAGACGCUGAGGGAUCCCUGCUAGUUGUUAACGAGCAGACCUACCCAGACUUGUUUUGGGCCCUUCGUGGAGCAGGGUCAGGUUCCUUUGGGAUAAUCACAAAGCUUAGUUUCAAGACAUACGAGGCACCAGUGUUGGUCACCGCUGGCGAAAUUACGUACCCAUUAAGCCAGUUCGUCCAGGUCUUUAUACAGUGGCAACUUCUCGUUCGGGAUUAUUUAACUUCUAGAGACAUGAACACAAAGUUGGCCAUAAAGAACGGUAUCCUGAUAGUUGAGGCGUUUGAUAUUCAGGUGUCAGAUGACAAUGUAGAAGACGCAAUAGAACGAGUUCAACACAUUCUUAAUAAAUUCCCCGUUACGUCACUAAACAGCACAUCUGUCAUUGCUGACAGAUAUGUCGACUUUAUAUUCCGCACAUCACACCCAAAUGAUGUUGGAAUUGAGGAUCCCAGCCAGCUCCCAAAUGUUACUAGGAAUAUGUUUACUAGGCGCAAUUUCCAUGCAAAAUCUUUCUUUGUUAGUAACCUACUGGAGCUUGCGGAUGCCAUGGCAUUGUACAACCUCCUUCUUGAGACAGUAGAGGAUAUCAAGGACAUCAUCAUAGAAAUGUAUGCCUUUGGGGGUGCAAUCAACGACAAGACCCCUCUGGACACGUCAUUCAACCAUAGAAACGGAAUCCUAUACUUGGUGCAAGCCUUCUACAAUGCGCAGGACACCAUGAACCCGUCUGAACCCUCGUUGGACUGGCUGGCGAGGUUUUAUGAAUUGACCAAAGUUAGGUUUCGCCACACACAAUCCUAUCAGAAUUAUGCUGAUGGAACAAUGCCAGAUUAUUUGGAGCGUUACUAUGGUUCCAACCUUGAUGGAUUAGUACAGAUAAAACGCAAAUAUGACCCCCGAAACAUUUUUCAUCAUCCCCAGUCAAUUCCCAUAUAAUUUUACUUUUCACGAAAUUUGGUUAAACUAAAUUUGUUUUGGUUAGUGUUUUAUUUGACAAAUGUAAUUAAAUAAAGUGAAGUGCAUUGCCUGAGAACUUGCAACUCGAAA